AUGGUCAAAGUCGCUAUCAUCACAUACUCCACAUACGGUCACAUUACCACCCUGGCAAAGGCAAUCCAAAAGGGUGUCGAAGCCGCAGGUGGUAAGGCAGACCUCUACAGAGUAGAGGAAACCCUCUCCGAAGAAGCUCUAUCCAACAUGAACGCCCCCGACAAGCCAGACGACAUCCCUGUCGCCACAGAACAAAUAAUGGGAGAAUACGACGCUUUCCUAUUCGGGGUCCCCACAAGAUUCGGUACCUUGCCAGCUCAAUGGUCCGCAUUCUGGGAUAAGACUGGGACCAUGUGGGCCCAGGGAACAUUGUACGGUAAAGUUGCCGGGUUCUUCGUUAGUACUGCCUCGUUUGGGGGUGGUCAAGAAUCUACAGUGAGAUCUUGUCUAUCCUAUUUGGCUCAUCAUGGGAUUAUUUACGUCCCAUUGGGGUACAAGAAUGCAUUCGCUGAAUUGGCUAACGUCGAAGAAGUCCAUGGUGGGUCUCCUUGGGGGGCUGGGACUUUGGCUGGUGGUGAUGGUUCUAGAUCCGCUUCCGAUUUGGAAUUGAGAAUUGCUGAAAUUCAAGGUAAGACUUUCUAUGAAACUGCAAAGAAAUUCUUCCCAACUACUACUGCUGCUUCUGCUGCAACUAAGAAGACUGAAGCUACUAAGAAGGAUGCCUCUGCAAAGAGAUCCGUCUCUAAACCAGCUGCUAAGAAACCCGCUGCCGCCGCUGAGGAAAAGAAGACUGAAGAAAAGAAGGACGAUGGCUUGAUGUCUUGUUGUACCGUUAUGUAA